GGUGAUGACCUUACUGCUGAGGAAGCUGAGCUUGCAGUUCUUCUUUCUGAUAAAGAGAACUCAGCUGAUAAUGGUCAGAUAGUUUAUAAUACUUCUGUAACAUCUUCUGUUAGAGACUGUACUAUUACAGAAAUGCAAACCAAAGGAGUUACUGUUGGAAUUGCUGAGAUGAAGGAAGCUGAGCUUGUACUACCAAAAAUAGCAGGUCUUGCUAAGAAAGUACAUGACUCUUCUCCUCUCAAAGAAGAGUUUGAU